CCUCCCUCUCUCUCUCUCCUCUUCCAGUCGGUGUAUAACCUGGCCAACGUGGCGUGUAAGUGUCACGGCGUGUCCGGUUCCUGUAGUCUGAAGACGUGCUGGCUCCAGCUGGCAGACUUCCGCCGCGUCGGAGAGUUUCUGAAGGAGAAGUACGACAGCGCCGCCGCCAUGCGCAUCGGACGCAAAGGAAAACUGGAGCAGGUCGAUAAACGCUUCAACGUCCCCACCCCGGAGGAUCUGGUCUACACCGACCAGAGCCCAGACUACUGUCUGAAGAACGACACCACCGGCUCCAUGGGAACCCUGGGGAGACUCUGUAACAAGACGUCAGAGGGGAUGGAUGGCUGUGAACUCAUGUGCUGCGGGAGAGGAUACGAUCAGUUCAAGACCUAUAAGCAUGAGAGAUGUCACUGCAAGUUUCACUGGUGUUGUUAUGUCAAGUGUAAGAGGUGCACUUCACUGGUGGAUCAGUUUGUCUGUAAGUAGGGAAGGAAGGGAGAUGGACGGACGGACGGACAGUUCCACAUGGGGAAGGAAGGGAGUCUGGACGAUGGACGGACUGACGGACGAACAGUUCCACAUGGGGAGGGGAGGGAGACUGGACGAUGGGGAAGGGAGGGAGUCUGGACGAUGGGGUAGGGAGGGAGUCUGGACGAUGGACGGACGGACGGACGGACAGACGGACGGACAGUUCCACAUGGGGAAGGGAGGGAGUCUGGACGAUGGGGUAGGGAGGGGCUGGAAUGGAAGGACAUGUAACCCAUGAGCGGUGUAAGAUUAUAUAACAAUAAUAAAUAAAUAAAAAUAAAUCAUGAAAUAUAUAAAUAAAUAAAGUAAAAAAAUGCGUUGCUAGUAAUUGAAUGAGACUUUUAUAUGACUCAAGCUGCCUGAGGGAGGACUUGACCGACAAGCAGGCGAAUGCAAAACAGAAAGGCUGUUCGUUUUGUUUGUUGUCUACUGGUCGGCCAUUUGCUUCCUCUCCCCAUCGCAACUGUCCCCUGAUUGGUGGCUCGUGCAGUGACGACCAGGAAGUGAUGUCACCAGUAUCCUUGUUCCCUGGUUGGUGGAAUGGGAGGGGGAAGCUGGAUAGACUCCUCUUACUUUACAGACUCUUCAAAAUGAGAGAGCGAGGAAGUCAGAGAGAGAGAGAGGGGGAGAGAGAGAGAGAGAGAGGGAGAGAGGGAGGGAAAGGGAAAGAGAAGGAGAAGGAGAGAAAGACUAGAAAGGGAUGGAUCCCAAUGAACUGUGCCAAAGCUCCUUUCACCUCCUCUUCCACUCACUCCUCUCUUCUCCACCCUUCUCACCAUAGGUUGGUUCUGCAUUCUGUUUUACGUCUCACCCUCUUUUCAUCACCCUUAUUUCAUCACCCUGCUAGAGCUCUUAGAAACCACCAGUCCAAGCCAAAGGACACCACCUCACACAUGAACUGUUGAUUUUGGAACUCUGUAACCAUGGAACCACAGCAUGUGUUCUAAUCAUUUACCCACUAGACAUCAUGUUGACCUCUAGCCUGGAAGGCAGCACAGCUCAUGACUUUGGGCACAGAAAGCAAACAUAGCUCUGUGUAACUUAUAGGGACAAUGUGAGUCCCAGAGGACAAGAAGAACAAGAGUUGUGUUGAUUGAAGGGAGGAGGACUCUGAGACCUUGGCUGGACAUAUUGAGAUAAGAGAAGAAGAAGAGAGAGAGGAAACACCUGUGUCCUUCUACAAUACAUAGACCUCUCAGUCUACCUUUAGAUGCAUGCUGUUCUAUCAUCUAACAGCAUCAUUACGUUGUCAUGGACUGGAUUACUGAUCACAGGCCCGUGGCUCCUCGCUGUUCAAUACAUAGACCUCUCAGUCUACCUUUAGAUGCAUGCUGUUCUAUCAUCUAACAGCAUCAUUACGUUGUCAUGGACUGGAUUACUGAUCACAGGCCCGUGGCCCCUCGCUGUUCAAUAACAGACUGCUGUAUCUCGCUAUUCAACAGGUGGGCCACAGCUAUUGUGACCAUACCAAUAGCCAUCUCUAAGCCAAUGUCAUGACAGUCACACAGCUACCAAGCUUUGUUAGCAGGAUGCAACAAAUGUGUUAUAGAGUUCAAAUGUCUGGGAAUGAAUUGUAAAAAGCAGAAGAAAGUGAACGGAGGAACUCGGAGGACUGCAGAUUAUUAUAGUGGGGAUGAGGUACAUAGAAAUAGUCCAUCGAAAAUUAUAUUUUAUUAAUAAUUACUUUUUCAUUUUAUACUUCAUAUAUGUAUUGUUUUGAUGAUCCUGUCUUUUGACACAGAGGCUUUUGUUUCGUCCUAUUCCCUAUGUAGUGCACUACUUUUUGCUAGAGUCCUAUGGUCCCCGGUCAAAAGUAGUGCACUAUAUAGGGAAUAUGAUGUCAUAUGGGACACACCCUUUUAGACAUUGUUGUUCAGCGGAACCUCUAUCCCUGAGGUUCCUUCCUGCUUGGAAUGCCUAUUGUCCAAUCUCUGCCAAACGCUGCCCACUCUUCAGCCAAUGACAGACAAGCCUUUCCUUUGUCAUCCAAUGAGUGUUGUGGCAAAGUACUACUCAUGUAAAUAUCAGCAGACCUUAUCCUUAUAUGCAGAUAAUGACACUUUUACAACAUACAGACUCCAGGUCUCUCAGAGUGUGUUCUUGUCUAUAUUAUUCUCUCUGAAAGAUUGUUGUCGUGAUGUGAUCCAUUAAUAUUCUCCAUGUGUAUAUUGUAUUAUCCCCCCCACUUCAAAACAGUCAUAUUAAACCAAUAAUAGUGAUGAUUAUAAUAAGUAGAA